CCUGUCUCUGGCUGUGCCUGACUGUCCUCUUGGUCCCUCAGGCUCACCAAUCAAUGGAGCGUGGAGGACGAGGAAGAGGCAGCAAGAGAGCGCCGCCGGCGUGAACGGGACAGGCAGCUUCAAAGCGAGGAUGAGGAUGCCAAUGACCAGGCCCCAGGAUCGGAACAGGACAAACUGCUCACCCUGAAACCCUCAGUGACCCCUGAACUGGAGGAAGAUGAGGGUUUUGGAGACUGGUCCCAGAAACCAGGGCCACAAGUGCUGCUGACCACAGAUGGCAGAGAAGCCACUCAGGGGAACAACCCAGAGGAAGACAAGCCCCAUGGGCACGACCAGGAGGACAAUGACAGACCAGGCCAAGCUGAAGUCCCACUGGAAGGGUUGUGCCUGAGCCCAUUGGUGGAACCCCAGGAGAUGCUGACUCAGGAGGAAAGUGAGCCCCAGAGCCCAGAGGAGUUGGCUCAGGCUGACCCCCAGGACCCAGCAGAGACAGAGGAGGAGCACCCACAAUGCCAGCAGCUCAGAACACCCAGUCCCGUGGGCUUAGAGGAGGCUGCCGAACACCACACACCUCCCCUGAGCCCCAACGCCAAGCUCAUCGAUAGGACCGAGUCCUUGAAUCGCUCCAUAAAAAAGAGUAACAAUGUGAAGAAGUCUGAACCAACCCUGCCUGUCUCCAAGAUUGAUGAACGGCUGGAGCAAUACACCCAAGCUAUUGAGACUGCUGGCCGGACCCCCAAGUUAACCCGCCAGCCCUCCAUAGAGCUGCCCAGCAUGGCUGUGGCCAGUACCAAGAGUCUGUGGGAGACAGGAGAGAUGCAGACCCAGUCUACAGCCAAGAGCCCCUCCUGCAAGGACAUUGUUGCUGGAGAUAUGAGCAAGAGGAACCUCUGGGAACAGAGAGGCAGCUCCAAGACCUCGUCAACAAUUAAGAGCACCCCGUCUGGGAAGCGGUACAAGUUUGUGGCCACGGGACAUGGAAAGUACGAAAAAGUGCCUAUGAACGAAGACGCACUGGCCCCAAGUUGGGUUUUGGCUGUUGCAGGCUGGAGCCCCCAACACAAGAGGCCUGUGAUCCCCUUCCCUGCCCUGACCACAACCCCUCCUCCUCCCAGGACUGAGGCCGCUCCUUCCUGCCUGAAGUCUGAGCACACCAUGUCCCUGCCAACUCCCACUGGGUCCGGGCCCCCAGCCCCUCCUCGGGGCCUCCUUCCUGAGCCCCCAGCCCGGGGCUGGUUCCCGGCCAUCCGUCAGGGCCGACCGAGCCGAGCUCUGAAUCACCCUGACCGCUCCCGCUUCCCACCGCGAACAUAA